AUGUUUAAGUUCCUCGGCGAAGCUUUCGUUGGCUCCUCGAAUGCUGAGUCAGAUCAUGCAACCGCGGGAGCAACCGCCAGUCCCUGGCGAUCCGCUAGGCAAAGUCAGCUCACUGACACGUCCGUCAUGUUGCAGGGCUCGAUCAACAAACAGAUAUCGCGCUUCGAGACGACGGCCGUAUAUACCCACCCCGAUGCCAAAGUCGAUGUUGUUCUAGUCCACGGCCUGAACGGCGAGCCUCAAAAGACAUGGACCGCUAAGAACGGCGUGUUUUGGCCGACCGAUCUGCUGCCGGAGUCGCUCAGAGACGCGCGGGCGAAUGUACUGGUCUACGGCUACAACGCAGACGUAUACUCGAAGAAGCAUGGUGGGAAUCCCAGCGACAACUUCAUCUACAUGCAUGCCCAGACGCUGGUCACAAGCUUAACGCAUUACCGCAAGGAUGAGCUGUCCUCGCGGAACCCUAUUAUAUGGGUCUGCCAUAGUCUUGGUGGCAUAUUAGUAAAACGGGCUUUGCUAUACUCGAACGACCUGAAAACGUCACAGCAUGAGGACUAUCGUGGGAUAUACGUGUCGACAUAUGGCCUCAUCUUCCUCGGCACGCCACACUCCGGCUCAGACAUGGGGGCUUGGGCUGUCAUGCUUCAGGCCAUGUCGGACGCCGUCAUCCCAAAAGCAUUCUGGCAUUCGGAGCCAGUCCUGCUUAAGACGCUCAAGAAGGAUAAUGAGACCCUCCAAAACAUCAACAACCACUUCCUUGAUAUCUAUCAACGCUUCAAGAUUCUCAUGGCUCACGAGAACCAUAAGACGGACCUGAAGGGCACAAAGAUGCUGGUGGUCGACUCACAAUCCGCCAGUCCACAACUGCCGGGCGUCGCCUAUUACGCCAUCGAAGCCACUCACUCUGGCAUGUGCAAGUUUGAGAGCAAGAACGCCCCCGGCUACCGAACUGUAGCGACAUCAAUCAGGGAUUGGGUCGGUGAGGCCCCAGAUGUGGUCCGCACGAGGUGGAGGGUCGAGGAAGACGAGAAGCUGGCGAGAGCAAAGCAUGAGAUCGAGGAAAGAAUGAAGCCUUGGAUCAAAUCUCAACAAGAGGAGGCAGACAAGGGUCAAAUUCAAGAUCCCAAUAGUCAGAUUAAUUCCCCAACCGAUACAAAGAAUCCCUCCAAAAUCGGUGGUGCAAAUAAGCCCCUACUUACAGAGCCGCCGACGCCCGACGCCGGCCCAGAACCCCCCUCGCAAGAUUCGACCGACUAUCCCUCGUCGCGCGAGCCCCUAUUUGUUAAGCCAAACGUGUUCAAGCCGAACACGCACUUCAAGGGCCGAGAUAAGGAACUAAAAGAACUCCACAAGAAGUUGAUGGACCGCGGCCGGCGGUCGAGGGGAACGUCGUCUGUAUUGAUCCAGAGUAUGCCUGGCGGCGGCAAGACACACCUGGCCCGACAGUACGUCUUCGAGCACAAGUACGACUACCCAGGUGGCAUCUUCUGGAUUAGAUCAAAAUCGUUGCAGGAGCUGGAAUACGGAUACUUGGACAUUGCCAAGACUGUGCAGCUGAAGGAUGUUCAGAACAUUGCCGAGAACGGAGAUUACAACACCGAGAGGGUAGUGAAAGCAGUACAAGGAUGGCUGAGCAGAAACGAGGGAUGGUUGCUCGUCUUAGAUGGCAUCCAUUUCGACCUGCCGGGACUGGAGAACUUCAUCCCCUUCUCGAAGAACACCAGUAUCAUUUACACCUCAACGGAGCGAACCCCAGGCGAAGACUAUCAAUUCGAUAACCCACAGGUCAUAGCGCUGGACUCACUGACGUUGCGCGAAGCCCGGGAACUUCUUCUAGAAGAGAUGGGCAAGAAGCAGCCAUGGAAUCAGGAUGAUCUCAGUCGGGCUCAGGAACUGGUGCAGUUAAUGGACCGUCUCCCACUAAUGAUCCACGUUGCAGCACUUCAGCUGAAGGCUACUCGUGAACCCCUCUCAAAGUAUAUCAGAUCCUACAAAAGUCGGCCCAAAGCCGGGAACCUGCCUGCAUAUCGGGCAGUCCGAGAACAGCUCCAUGCUCGAGGAAACGUGGCAGCCCUCAAUUUGAUGUCGCUACUUGCCUUCUUCAGCCAGCAUGUUCCAGUAGAAAUGCUCGCUACAGGACUGAAAGUGUUGACAAGAGAAACCCCUGUCAAGACUUGGGACCCUGAAACCAGAAAAGGGUCGCUGAAUGGUACAUUCAAGGUCUUGAUCGCCUUCGCCUUGAUUGAGCGUAAUGAGAACGAUGAGGCGUCAUCAGCGAGUGACCGCAGCUCCCGCAGCGUCGACAUGGCUCAAGACAGCCUGGAUAUCCUAAGAAUACACGGCAUCGUGCAGGCAUUCUUCGUCGAUGUGCUGGCUGAUGAGAGAUUGGCCGAGUUCUGGUUGGGACGAGCGAUCCGAGUUUUCUGUCAUGCAUUUGACGAGAGCGACCGUCGUAUUCAGGAAGAUCCCGGCACAGGAGUUCCAGAAGAUUAUCUCCGUUUCUCUAUCCACGGGAAGCGACUUUCAACUUAUCUAGACAGGUUUGAGAGGAAAUUUCCUUUACUUUCCGAAAGCCGUGAUCUACUGGAAGCACGCCUGGACAGCAUUCAGAUGCGCAUCGACCAACUCAAUAAGCGGAAGCGUACAUUUGAUCAAGGGACGGAAGACUUCAUGAUCGUGUCAGUUUUUGAGCGCACGAACAGCUUGUCAGAGGUGGACUCGUCCACACCGCCGAGCAAUAGCAGUCUGAUCGACCUGCCCAUCAUAUACGAUGAGAGUAACCCUCCCUUGGAGUCUCCGACUCCUUACAGCCCCACCGACUACAACCCGUAUCACUGGCACAUUAGCUACCCAUACGCCAUCCCUGUGCCUGAUGGAGGCGAGACAUCCAGGACCGUUACACCGCAGCCACCGCCAACGGAAAUCUUCGAGUCGAUUUCGAUACCCGAGGAUUACGAAUCACACGUCUCCCACUCGAGCCACAGGACCGUCAAAAGACACUCUGAGCGGCGAUACCGAGAUCAUGCUGGUGCUUGGCGGGCCUCGCCGCAAAUUCUUAGUGAUCCUCGUGUCAGUCUCAGCAGGGAGACCAUCAAGGGCGUCAUAAGCCCACCGAACCUGCCAAACCAAAGGGGUGGCAGAUCUAACUCUUCCGGCAGCAUUCGACUCACCGCCAGCAGCGACGCUGAACUUACCUUAAACAAGAUCACCAAAGCGGCCCCGCCGCCAACUCGAGGUGGUGCCUUUGUGGGUGAGAAGAGUCGUACCUCCUCCGGCAGCAGUGGUUCGAUGGUGCGGCCGAAGCUAAUCCCGGGGCGACCCUCAUACACAACUCCGCAGACCGAGACUGCCGUUGAUGAGGACCACCCGGUGCCGACAUUUUCCAAUAUAAUCGGCACACACCCGGCGCCUUCGUCUAGCUAUACCGCUGCUACGAUUCUGCGCCUCAAAGAGAACGAUAAGCCUGUUUCGACCGAGGGUCUUAGCCCAGUCAGAGUUUCCAGUCCGCUUACUGGCGACCCAUUGACCACAACUGGGGCCCCCUUGACACUGAAUAUUCCAUCUACUGCCUCUCCGGCUCCUGUUGACGAACAGUCCUCUCCAGCAAGCAAGACUUCGAGAUCCGGGUCGAGACCUCCGUCAGGUCCGCCAAGUCGCACGGCCCGAUCUAGCCCUUCCCAGUACACUGGGCCAUUCCGACCGCCGCCGAUCCCGUAUGAGGUCAAUACAUCUAGCAGUCUGCAUUCCGGUCCACCGGGUGUUCGACACGUCUCGUCGUAUGGCAGACUUGAUCAAAGCAUCAUACAAGAGGAAGAGGAUUACGAGCCCCUGACUCAUUCGCUCCCGUCCGUACGGCCAUAUCCGUCAUCACAGCCGCCAAGUCCACCAUACCCACACGCAGUGUCCAUGCGGCCUGAUCAACCGGCCGUAUCGGUCCACCCCCCUCCUUGGGCGUCGGCAUCUGAUGGUCGCCUGGAAUAUCACCCGCAAGGUUACUGGUCCCAGCCAAUGAGCCGCGACCCUUCGCACCAAAGCUCCCAUAGUCAUGGCUCCGCUCGAUCACAGCCUCGCAACCGCAGCCCUCUUACCCGCGGUGCCAGCGGCGCCAGUGCAGCCAGCGGCUCUUCGGCCCCUGGCUCACCCGCGAUCCAGCCCAUGCAACGGCCCCGCAGCCGCAGACCCAGCGUCGUCGAGACGGAGCCGAGCCCGCUCCUUGGGCAAGCCGGCUUCGACGUCGAGCCCACCAGCUACCAGAUCUACCACGACACCUCAAGGGGCCGCCGUCGUGCAGAGAGCAGUGCGGCCUCCAUGUACCCCGGACAGGUCGUCGGCGUUGCCGGUGAUCCGAAGAGGCCGAACAUCUUCAGGCGCUUCAGCAAGCGAAGGAGGAGCGGCGACCAAGCCCACCAACGACGAGCCGAGAGCGCUGGCGGAAGACUGGGCAGAGGAGGUGCCGCUCUGCCGGGUGGCAACAGUUCGCGGGGCAGUCCGGACUUGAGGGGAGCCGGAGGUGCGUUCCCAAGCCCGCCGAUGGGAAGCGCCCACCUCGGCGGCGAGAACAUGGGCCGGUCCGGAUCUGGAUCUGGCGGCUUCAAGUUGGCGGACGGCACGGUUGUUGAGUUUGGGUCGAGUCCUCCGGCAGGACCUUCGGGCCUCGCGGCUGGUUCUACGGCUGGCCCUGUCAGAGACGGCGGUGAAGAACAGAGCGAAGAGGCAAAUGUUGGGUUGGGUAUCAUGUAG